CAAGGCACGACCGCCUCCCUGUCUGAAUUGGUCUCGCAUCGCGGCUCGGACCCCAUCUCGUUCAAUCUCGGGCCGGUUGGCCCGGAAAGCCGCAGCGACUCUUGCUUGGUGCGCGUGGUGACUUCACGCCGUAGCGUGAUGCUCGGAGGAGAGUUUGUCAGCAGCCGCGCUCGCGCGUGGUUGCCGUGGUAACGCUUCACCGAGCUUUGGCCUAGGAUGGCUGCGGCGGCGGGGGCAGCGGUGGCGGCGGCGACGGCCGAGCCGGACGACGGGCCUCUCUUGCCAGGCCCUCCCGUCGGGCGACGGGCCGUCUGCUCCCGACCCUACUUCGUCGUGCUGAUGGUGUUCGCGCAUCUCUACGUGAUCAACGUGCUGGGCUUGCUGCUCUUCGUGCACAUCAGCUCCGACGAUGGAGGGGAGCCGGAGCCGAGGAAAGAGGCUCCUGGCCCCGUCCAGGAUGCGCCCUCCGUCCUGCCCGUUUCUUCAGGCAACUUGGACCCUCAGGCUCUGCCUCGCCUGCAGGGCAUUAAGGUGGGCCAUAAACAGAAGUUGCAACUGGUUCCUAACAAAAUCCAUGUUAUGAAAACUCUCAGCUUGAAACCACUUCUUUUUGAAAUCCCAGAUUUCCUGAAUGAAGAUGAAUGUAAAUUAAUUAUACAUUUGGCUCAGCUGAAAGGCCUACAGAAAAGCCAGAUUUUGCCCACAGAAGAUUACGAAGAAGCUAUGGAAAUGAUAGAUAUCAGCCAGAUGGAUAUCUUUAAUCUCUUAGAUCACAACCAGGAUGGACAGCUGCAACUUAAGGAGGUGCUGACACAUACCCGCCUAGGAAAUGGUAGGUGGAUGACACCUGAGAGCAUCCGGGAGAUGUAUGCUGCAGUCAAAGCAGACCCAGAUGGCAAUGGUGUUCUGAGUUUGGAAGAAUUUAAACAAUUGAACAUUCGAGACUUCCACAAGUACAUGGGUAGCCGAAAAGUGAAAAUGAGUGAUCUGGUGCGGAACAGCCAACAUACAUGGCUGUACCAAGGUGAGGGGGCACAUCAGGUCAUGCGCUCCAUACGGCAAAGGGUAAUUAACUUAACGCAUCUGCCGCCAGAGAUUGUGGAGCACAGCGAACCGAUGCAGGUAGUCCGCUAUGACCAGGGAGGACAUUACCAUGCUCAUAUGGAUAGUGGACCAGUGUUUCCUGAAACUGCCUGUAGUCACACCAAACUGAUCGCCAACGAAAGUGCUCCCUUUGAGACAUCUUGCCGCUAUGUGACAGUACUCUUCUACCUAAAUAAUGUGACGGGAGGAGGCGAAACCACUUUUCCUAUUGCAGAUAACAGGACUUACGAAGAAUUGUCUCUAAUCCAGAAUGACAUUGAUCUACGUGAUACUCGAAAGCACUGUGAUAAGGGAAAUCUACGUGUAAAACCUCUGCAAGGCACUGCUGUUUUCUGGUAUAAUUACCUGCCCAAUGGGGAAGGCUGGGUUGGUGAUGUUGAUGAAUACUCCUUACACGGAGGCUGUUUGGUCACUGAAGGAACCAAGUGGAUUGCCAACAAUUGGAUUAAUGUUGAUCCCAAUAAGAGGCGACAGCUCCAGUUCCAGGAGGAAAUGGCUCGAUACAUCAACAGUGAAAAUGAGGACCAAAGUGAAUGGACUGUGGACAAAUCCUACAGCAAUGUACAUGUAGAGCUGUAAUGUUUGGAGAUGCCGCUUGGUUGACUUGAAAGCACCUUUUUUGCACUAGCCAUUUUCAGCUCUUCUAUUCUCCCACAUUUCCCAAUUAUUAUGUUUCUUCAGAGAAUGUAGGGUUGCCUAUCUAGGUAGAUUGGGGAAAGGAGAAGCAGGGCACCUAAUGCAGUCUGAGGGGAAAAGGGAUUCUUUGGAGAGAAGGGACAGUAGCUGAGGGCAUAUUUUGAUUUAAUGGAUGGCUUUGCUUAAGGAGAUUUUGAGUCUGUCUGUGAAUCUCCCCUGUGACAUAUGCAAUCUACCGUCAAGGUUCCUUAUCAUCCUGACUUGUUCUGCUGGAUGCAGUUUUCCUUUAGCUGGCUUUGUAACUAUAAUCGUGUAAUCUGCCCUUCUUUCCAUCUGUCCCAGUUUCUUGGUCUUUUCAGGCAACUGAUACGGCUUACAUAAGGCCAGUAAAACCCACAUCAACAAAACAAUUGCUGCAUAUUCUAGGUUGCUCUGUAGAGAGUGAAACAGCCACUCUCGGCUUGUAUGGGAUCAGUAAAGUGGUACAGAGGUUAAGAUGUUGGAUGAAGACUAAGGAGACUCAUGGUUCAGGUUCACCCUCUGCCUUGGAAGCUGAUUGGGUGAUUUUUGGAUCUAUGAGUGGCUGUUGUGGGGAAAAAACGAAGAGAGAUCUGACUUGGGCUUUUGUGCAAGUUGUGGGGGGGAAUAAUUCUAACCAGUACCAUUUGAUAGCACAAAGUAUAUGUAUUCAGAAGUAAGCAAACUCCCAAGUGAAGGUGUAUACGAUUGCAGGCUUAAAUCCAGAGUUAUGCAAAGGGGUCUUGGGCAUGUCUCUGUUAAGAGAACAUGCAGGAACUAAAAGUACUAGAGGCCUUCCAUGGGAUGGUGUAUGCUCAUCAUGGACAUUUUUCUCAGGGUUGGACAUAGUUCUGAAUUACUAUUCAGAAAUAUUUAUACCAAUAAUUAUCAGGGAAGUAAUGGAACAGUUAAUACGUGCAAUGGGAACGUGUGUUGUAUGUGCUGCAGUUGUUAUUUCCGCCAUUUUAUGUGUGCUUGAGAAGUUGUUUACCUACAAGAAAGCUUUUGUUCCAUUUAGGGGUUUUUUAUUUGAGCCAGUAGCAUAGUAAUAUUCCUCCUAGAAGAUAAAUAUGUAUUUAGAUAUGCAGUGUGGAACCAGCAAGUUUCUCAGUUAUGAAUUUUUUAAAAAGUGUUCUGCAGGAUUAGGCUUAAGGUAUGCGCAGAUCAUGUAGCUUAGGCCUAAUUAUAUUGUUUCUCAUGAAAUGAAUAGCACUUUUCCACUGUUCCUCUGCAUUCAGUGAGCUACUGUCUC